AUGGCCAAACCGUAUAUAAGAGCGCGUUUCGCGCACCUCUUGAAAUCGUAUCUGGAAGUAUCUAAUAUCAUAGAUCACAGAUCCUGCGUAUCUACACAUCACUUUUCACAUCAAACACCAAAAAUGGCUUCCUCUUCGACCUCUGCUGUCUCCACCAACACAAACCUAGUCUCUGCUGCCGCCGUGGCCGCGUCUUCCGUCUCUGCUUCCGCCUCUUCUGGCGCUAGCUCUGCCAAGUCAUCUGCCUCUUCCGCUGCCAGCUCUGUCAAGUCCUCCGUUACCAGCGGCGCGUCUUCCGUCAGCUCCUCCGCUUCCAAGAGCGCCUCUUCUUCCAAGAGCUCUUCCAGCUCGUCUGCCUCUUCUUCCUCUUCUUCCGGCAGCAACGCCAUCACCGCUGUUGCCAACCCACUGUCGUGGAAGUACGGUGCCGUCAUCGGCGCUACCAUGUUGGGCUCUUUCAUUUUGGGCUCUGGUAUUUAA